ACUCCAUUACUGAAUUCUGUUGAAAACAAAAUUGCAAUGUUGCUUUUGAAUUCCUCUCCCUUGACGAUUACUUUCUAUCAUAGAAAACCAUUUUCUUCAAAUGCUCUUAUCUUGCACCAUUCUUUCUCACUCACAAUGUCACCCUCUUCUUCGUUUUGCCUCAGCGUCCAACCCAUUUUUACAAACUCCUUCACUUGCACUCUUACACAUUCACCCAACCAGAUGUACGUGUACCCUGACCCAAUUCCCGAAUUUGCAGAAUCCGAGAGCCAGAAGUUCAAAGUUGAACUCUUUCAGAAGCUUUCCGAGGACGUGGACGAGUUUGGGGAUGACCUUGAUGAGGUUGUUGCCGUUUGCACUCAGAUUUUUAGUGAGUUUUUGCACAAGGACUAUGGGGGUCCUGGGACAUUGUUGGUGGAGCCAUUCACGGAUAUGAUGGUUGCUCUAAAGAAGAAGAAAUUACCAGGAGCAGCCCUGGCUGCAAGAGCAUCACUAUUAUGGGCACAAAAAUAUGUUGAUAAAGAUUGGGAUGUUUGGAACUCAACACUAAAAUGACUUCUUCUUUACAGUUUUUUACUUUUGCAAU